ACUAUCUCUCUCUCUCUCUGAAUUCUCUCUCUCUCUCUCUCUCUCUCUCUCAAUUCUCUCUCACGCUCUCAAUUCUCUCUCUCUCUGAAUUCUGAAUUGCUAUGGAUGCGCGAUCCCUUUCCCGUUGUAACAGAAGGAAUUGUGAUGAAAAUUUGGACAGGUUCAUUCCGAACAGGUCAGCCAUGGACUUCGAUUAUGCUCACUACAUGCUGACGGAAAGAAGAGUUGUCACAGACUCAGAGAACCCGGCUGCGGUGGUGAUUUCACCGUCUCGAAAAGCUUUCCGCAAAAGACUGGCUGAGGCCACCGGCAUGAAUCGGACCCGAAUCUUGGCGUUCAAGAACAAGCCCUCUGUCCCUGUUCAACUCACCCCUGAGGAAUGGUUUUCACGCUCUCCUUCUCCUCAAUCUAAAUCUUCCAAACACAGAAGUAGAGACAUUCCUAAGACUAGUAAUUUGAAAUUGGAUGCCCCUGAUAUAGUCAAUGACUUCAACUUGAACUUGCUUGACUGGGGUUGCUGUGAUGUGCUUGCUUUGGCCCUUGGAAACACGGUCUAUCUAUGGAAUGACUAUGAUAAAUCCACCUCAGAACUUGUCACCGUGGAUGAUGAAAGUGGUCCCAUUACAAGUGUUAGCUGGGCUCCUGAUGGCCGUCACUUAGCCAUUGGUUUGAACAAUUCCCUUGUCCAGUUGUGGGAUUCUACAACUAGUAGGCGGUUAAGAACAAUCUGGUGUGGACAUCGAGGACGAGUAGCUUCGAUGGCUUGGAACAAUCAUAUCCUCUCAACGGGAGGAAGGGAGGGUACGAUUGUUAACAAUGAUGUAAGAGUAGAGUCUCACAUUGUUGAAACCUACAGGGGACACCAACUAGAGGUGUGUGGACUCAUGUGGUCUCCCUCGGGACAACAAUUGGCGAGUGGAGGCAAUGAUGGUCUUGUUCACAUAUGGGACAGAUUAAACUCACCAACCCGUUGGCUUCACCGAUUUGACCAACACAAAGCUGCUGUGAAGGCACUGGCUUGGUGUCCAUUUCAGCAAAAUCUGCUAGCUUCUGCUGGAGGUGAGGGUGACCAUUGCAUCAAGUUUUGGAAAACAAGUACAAAUACGGGUGCAUGCUUGCAAACUGUAGACACUGGCUCACCGGUGUCCGCUCUCCUUUGGAGCACGAAUGAUCGUGAGUUGCUUAGCUCGCAUUGUAUCCCCAACAACCAGCUCACCCUCUGGGAAUAUCCUUCCAUGGUGAAGAUGGCAGAGCUCAACGGUCAUACAUCCAGUGUGCUCUCGAUGGCUCAAAGUCCAGAUGGGUGUACUGUGGCCUCUGCAGCAGCUGAUGAGUCACUUCAAUUUUGGAAUGUCUUUGAAGCAUGCAAACCAUCCCGAAAGCUUGAGCCUUUCGUUAAUUUCAGCCGUAUCCGUUGAAGAUUGCAUAUAAACUUUAUGGAGCACUGAAGAUCAACUUCAGAUUGAUUCUGGGGUAGUAAUUCGUUCAAGUCAAUUAAGGCAAAUGAAUAUUGAGAAGAUGUGACCGCUACUUCUUCCUCCUCCGUCAUGUUACUGUUAGUGCUUUCUGAGCUGCAGAUUUACUUCAGAUGAGAUGAUGGAGUCCUACGAGUGUCUUAAGAAGAUGUGGUCACUGAUUUCUAGGCCUUACAAGGUGGUUGUUAAGGGAGAUAGAUUGAAUCCGCUGAAGGUUUUGACCAAGAAAGGAGGAGAGACUCGGAUGAUGACCAUCGUUUUGAGUUUUUUUGUCAUAUACCAUACUUCUUUUUUGACUGUUUCUUUUUUACAGGGACUGUUUCAGAUUUCUGGUGGUAAUACUUGCUCUGUUGCAGAUUCAAGCAAAAAGAAGUGACACUUCAGAGUUGCAGUUUAGCUGUUAUGAAAGAAGCUAUAGCUCUAAGAAAAUAAAUCUGAGAUGCCCUGCAGUCUUCUGCUGUUGAUGAUAAUAAUACUGGAAGAUUGAAGUUAUAAUUCAAAGCUUUAGUUGUUCUAAAUUUGCUUAACUAAAGGUCUCAUUCUGUUUGGUUUUCAGGGGGGUUCCUAUUUGUCUCAAGUAUGUUUGGGGUAUCGCUUUCAGAAAAGGUAUUGAUUUUCUCAAGAUUUGUAUGUGUUAUCUUUGUUCAGUACUACUCCCUCUCCAGAUUCUCAUCUUAUCUUCACGGCUAUCUCAAGUAUUUGAAGGUUUGAAAGGAUGGGGUGGUGAUUGCCUGAAUGGGGAUCAUUGAAGAUUGAGUACAUUUUGUGGGAUUUUCUGGUUGGCCCAAGUAUCUUUCAGGGUAUUGCGACAAGAUUUGGUAUGUAGAAAAAAAAAAAAAAGAUAGAUUCAUAUUCACAUACAUAAAAAUUAUAUAGGAAGAAGAAAAAUCUUGGAUUAUUUUUUGAAAAAGUAUAAAUCGUUCAGGAGGUCUGCUGUGCAAAUUUCUAGCAUUCAGCAAUCUCAUGCAGGUAGUCUUUUCAUUUACUGAACUUUGUUGCGCUACUUAGAUUUUGAGUGGUCGGGUCAACUAGAACAGGAAACCAAGAAGUAAAAUUUUGCAAAUCCAAAUUCAAGGUGGAUUUGGGGAGUGUAUAAUUGUUGAUGAUGAACACAAGCCAGUGCCUAUGUCUCUAGAGCAAACCGAACCAAUGCAUACCGAGGUAAAUCAUUUUGAGAUGAUUGGUAGUUUUAUUUAUUUAUUUGCAUCAUUCGUUUUCCAAAGCAUACAACAUUUUCUGCCCAAUGAUUUUCUUCAUUCAAUUUGAUGGUGUUAAGAGUCUGGCAUAAAAGGAUGCUAUCCACAAAUUUUUUGGUUAUGUGAAUUAAAGUACUUCCUUUUACAAAAAAUUCAAGAAGGUGAUGAGUAUUAAUCCACGAUUAUUUUUUUGCUAGGCUUUCACCUGAUUUCUUAUUAGCCAUAUCUUCUAAGAAAACCUUCUUCUAUGUGAAGAAAGAGAUAAAAAGCACUCUUCUGUAGUUGUUUUGAUGGAACCUGCAAAGGGAGAAAGACCUUUGAAAAGGGUCCAAAGCAGCCAUAACAUAUCGGCUUGGGUCUGACUAAGAGUCGCUGUAGAAUAUGACUGCAGCAUAUGGGAUUCCAGCCUUUCUUUAUCAUAUUCAUAACAAUCGUCCAUCCUCCUCUGUUUGGUAGUGGCAGUGAUGAUUUUAUUUUAAUUAGUUUACAACAUAUAGUUGACUUGGUAAGUUAUGAUUUGCUGUGGUUUCUUAUUGAUUAGUUUUUAUUACUUAAUUGUGAAUGAAAUGUUUGAUUUGAUUUGUUGUCUGAAAUGAGUGUGCUUUCUAAAGUAAAGUUGGCAUCUUUGAGGAAAUGAGUGUUCUUUCUAAAGUUUAAAUUUAUAAAUUUGUAGAUUAAAUUAGAAUGGUAAUGUUUAUCUCUUCCUCCAUGAAUUGUAAGCCACUAUUGUUAUCAAAAACAGAUUGGAGAGAAGAUAUAUAUCUUUCUUUGGAAUCUAUUCCAAAUCAUGUAGGGGAAUUUAAUGAUGGGGCAAAUUUCAAUUCAAAAGUGCCUUUGGUUGUAAGAAGAAAAAGUACAGGAAUAUGGAUUAAUUGCUGCCAAUGGAAGUUACUAAUUAAUUGUAGAGUAAACAUAAUUGAGUUGUUAUUGAAGAUUCAAUCUCUUCAAUUUAUUGAAGUUCUUAUGUUGGUUAUUGAGUUGUUAUUUUCACUGUGUAAGUGUGCUACGCAGUGAUUCAUUCUUCUGAGAAACUGAGUAUCAUAGAGCCAUUGUAAGGGACUGUUAUAUCUCUUUCUCCCUUUUGCAUAUGUUGUUGUAAACUAUUGCUUAUUUGUUAUUUUUUUCUUUUGAGGCUUUUAUGAAAUGGAUGAUGGAAAUGUUAUGUCUUUCUGAGAGAGUGGAGAGGUGAAAGUUUUAUUAAUUAGUGUAUCGUUUGCUUUUGAAUAACACACCUAUAAGCAAGCUUUGCAAUACUAAGUUUUAUUAAUUAGCAUGUCUUCUGUUUUCUCUUUAAAUGCUUUGUUUCCAUUAUUGUAACUUCAUGCAGAAUAAGAAAUCAAACCAAGGAGCCGAAUUUAAGGAUAUUUCAAACAAGGUAGGAGCUAAAUGGAAGAUUAUUGUCUCAUAAAGGGAGAAUUCUUAACAUAAUCUGAACCUUCUCUUCUUGCAUGUUGCAAAUGGCUGAAAAAUCAUUUUUGUUUUUGUUUGACUGAAUUUGUUUUUCAUUAUCUUCCCUGCAGGGAGCUGAAAACAGAAAAGUUAGAGCAAUGUACUCUGCUUUUAUGCCCUGGUUGCUUUACCCUGCAUUUUCGUCUUUUGGCAUAGUAUUUCAUUGCAGUUUGCAGAAGAUAACUGAUGUCAAGCCCCAGGAAAUUGGUUUGGUGGAUUUUAUCGUGUUGACGUUGGAAGCACUCUCAUAGAAGACUUUGUCUUAGCAUGCUUUUUCUCAAUUUUGAACAAAUUCUGAUUUGAACAGAGGUAAAAGAGGUCAUAUAUUCAGAAGAACCUAUAGAAUUUCCAUAGUUCUUCCCCUCUUGUUAAUCAAGCGUAGCAACUAUGCUUUUGAGUCCCUCUAUGAUUUCUGCUUCUGCUUGAAUCAAGUGCAAUAUGUUGUUCACUUAGCUUAGUUUUGAGCUCCAAUUGGUAAGAGAAUUCAGAGGGAGUUUCUGUGGGGAGGGGAGGGGAAUGAGAGGAAAAUAAGCUGGGUAAGUUGGGAUGCUGUGUGUAGGUCUAAGGAGGAGGGGGGCUGGGUUAGCGAAGUGGAGGUGGAGAAUGUGUGUAGAGAGAGGUAGUUUGUGGUGCGAUGUGCUUAAUGCAAAGUAUGGGAUGUAUGAUAAAGAUUGGUCUGUUUUAAGAUAUGGGCUAGGGUCAAUUGGUGAAGGGAUCUUUGGAGGAGUUGUGGGGAGGAAAGUGUCUGGUUUGAGGAAAAUGUGAGGAGGAAAUUAGGGGAUGGGAAGCAAAUUAGGUUCUGGAGUAGUUGGUCUGUUUUAAGAUAUGGGCUAGGGUCAAUUGGUGAAGGGAUCUUUGGAGGAGUUGUGGGGAGGAAAGUGUCUGGUUUGAGGAAAAUGUGAGGAGGAAAUUAGGGGAUGGGAAGCAAAUUAGGUUCUGGAGUAGUUGGAUGCGUAGUGGAGAGCCGCUGAAGUUGAAGUAUAAAAGGCUGUUUGAUGUCUUAAACCAACAGCAAAGCAAAAUUGGUGAGAUGGGGUUUGGAGGGGUGAGUUGUGGGAAUGGCAAUUGGAAUGGAGAAGGGAAUUGUUUCAUGCCUUCUAUAGAAUUAGGAGGUCAGUUCAUGCCACUAGAGAGUAUGGAGAUGACUCCUUCCACCCGGUCCUAGACAUCCAUACUCCUGAGUCUCGCCCUUUUGGUCAUACCGUUAUCAUCCGAAGAAAAGAGUGGGAAAGGAAACCACAGCUUAGAAGAGAAGAACCUGACUCAUGGCUUUGGACGGCAGCUGGUGAUUGGGUUUUUUCAGUAAAAACAGCUUAUGAAGUUCAGUGUGUUCUGGAUUGAUCAGAGGACAAUGAUGUGUUUGAGUGUCUGUAGAAGAUCCCGGCACCGUCAAACGUCUUGGGCCUCAUGUGGAAGGUCCUGUUAAAUAGAAUACCAAUGAGAGGAAAUCUGUGAAAACGAAAUGUUCUUCAGGCUGGUACAGAAUCUUUAUGCCCUAUCUGUCUUGCUCAUGAAGAAAGCACAGAGCAUCAGUUCUUCACUUGCAGGUAUGCGUGGGAAUCAUGGAUGGAUGGAAUGUUAUAGUUGGCUUGGUAUCCAAACAGCUAUGCCAAAAGGAUGCAAGGAACACUUUAGGCAGCAAGGUCUUGACUUGAUGAGAGGCACGAAGGGGUUGGUGAUGUUGAUAUGGUGCGCGUGCAUUUGGUGCCUUUGGGCAAGCAGAAAUGAUAUGGUCUUUAAAACAUCUUUGUCUGCUGUUUCCAGAAUUGUAGAAAAUGUGAAAUUGAAGACUUGGAAUUGGCUGCGCUCUAGGGUCAAAGGCUUCAUGUACUCCUUUUUUGAGUGGCAAUCCAAUCCACUGCAUUGUUUGGCAAGUAUCAAGAUUUGACCAUUGGGUGUAAACCAUUGUUCCUGGGUGUAUCUGAUGGGGCUAAUUCCUCUUACUAGUAUUGUAGUUUAAUCUUACUACUGGAUUGGCUGGGUGCCUUUGUUGCAUAUCUAAAUUAACAUAUGUUAACAAUUAUUAAUUGACAACUAUACCCCUAAUUCAAUUCUCUUGUGGCCUCUGUUUCUGCUCUUCUCUGUGUUCUGUUUCAGCAAUUUUUAUCACUGUGACUCUGAAUGUUGUUCCUCCUUCCACUGAAUGCAUCUUUGUCUAUUUAUUUUUCUGUUUUUUCACCGCUGCAAAUUUGCAUUUUGAGUGCACCUUUAUUCACGUUUUUUUUACAAGAGGAAGGCGCUUUAUUCACAUUUAUUGCUUCACAUUUGAAUGCAACUAUUUAUUUUUAAUUUCAUGUCUUCUUUUGGUCACAGAUUUUGUUGUUAAAUUUUUUUUUGGUUACAAGGAGGGCUUUAAGCCCGAAAAAAGGCACUACACACGGGUAGAUCUAGGAAACAAAGUCCCAACAUUUGCCAGCAGCAGAGAAGAAACCCUAGGAGGAGGAUUCUCCAGCACAUGGUCACCAAGAGGCAAGUCAUGAGCCAUAUUAGCCAAGCAAUCAACUACUUGGUUAGCUUCUCACAUGUACACACCGAAACUCCCACUCCUUCUCCCUCCAAGCUCGAAUUUGAUUCACAAGACCAACAUAUGGGUGAUACGGAUCACCCAAGGUUCACAAGUUGAACUGCAACAUUAGAGUCGCUCUCGACAAUUACCCUGGGGAUUCCUCUACUCCAUGCUAAAGCAAGAACAAUAAAAAAUACCCCAUAAUUCUGCCCACAAGACAUUAGAAGAGCCAAUAUUACGGCAAAAUCCGAACACACAUUGCCCAAGCUCAUCUCUGCAAACACCACCACAUGAUGCCAUGCCCAUCGCACAGAACCAUCUGUGUUACACUUUACUCAGAGAGGGGGAGGAGGAACCCAGCCAACCUGCACCACUUGAUAUGAUACCCUCGCUGCCCAGGUAGAAUGAAUGGUUGAGCGACUAUGAGAAUGAUCUAGCUAGAGACGCAAGGCUAAAAUCCACACCCUGGAACACGAACUUAGCACGCUCCUGGAACACAAACCAUCUGUGUUUGCUAAAUGCAGCUCAAAGAGUAGCAAGAGCUUUGCCUCCAAAGCCAGCAAUAAAUUUGGACAAUGAAGUGAAAGAUAUUUUUUUUAACAAUAUUGAAAUGGAAGAUGGAAGGAGAAAAAAUUCAUGUUGCUCAACUUGACAAUUUUUUUAUUUUUUGUAAAGAAAUUGAAAGAUAAUGAGAAUUUUUACCACGGGUAAAUUUGGAAUGGACUUGAGAGUGUCCC